AUGGCUUUCCAAAGCCCGGGAACUCUUGAUUAUGGAGAUGCACUAAACAAGUCCAUCUUGUUCUUUGAAGGCCAACGAUCCGGAAAACUCCCGGUUAAACAUCGUGUUAAUUGGCGAGCUGAUUCUGCCCUUUCCGACGGCUCACCAGAUAAAGUAAAUUUGAUUGGAGGGUACUAUGAUGCAGGUGACAACGUAAAGUUUGUGUGGCCAAUGUCAUUUACCAUAACCUUAUUGAGUUGGGCCGCUAUUGAAUACCAAAAAGAAAUUUCCUCUGUAAACCAACUCGGUUAUCUCCGGUCUUCUAUAAAAUGGGGAACCGAUUUUAUCAUUCAGGCUCAUACUGCUCCCACCACACUAUAUACACAGGUAGGAGAUGGGAACGCAGAUCAUGCUUGUUGGGAGAGACCAGAAGAUAUGGACACACCCAGAACUCUCUACAAGAUAUCAUCCUCUUCCCCCGGAUCUGAAGUCGCCGCUGAAGCCGCAGCUGCUCUUGCCUCCGCCUCACUUGUUUUCAAAUCGUUCGAUUCUAAAUAUUCAUCCAAGCUUCUAAGCCAUGCCAAAUCCCUAUUUGAAUUUGCUGAUCAGUGCAGGGGUUCAUAUCAAGCAUCUUGCCCUUUCUACUGCUCACAUUCAGGCUACAAUGAUGAGUUACUAUGGGCUGCAGCUUGGCUAUACAAAGCAACAGGAGAAAAUAAAUACCUAAGUUAUGUCAUAAGCAAUCAAGGUUGGAGCCAAGCCGUAAAUGAGUUCAGCUGGGACAAUAAAUUCGCCGGAGCUCAGGCUCUACUCGCAUCAGUUAGUAUAUACUCCUAUAUAUAUAAAUAUAAAUCAAAUUGGUUUGUUUAUUAUUAUAUGUUUCAGUUGGUGUUAAUUUUUAUAAUUAUGUUUGUCUAUAUUUUUGGUUAUUCAGGUGGCCUUUUGUUCACUAGAGACGGUAGUAACUUACAAUAUGCAACAACGGCUACAACUGUUUUGUUCCAUUACUCAAAAACCCUGACAAAAGCCCGGGUAGGUUCAAUCCAGUGUGGUUCAACCAAGUUCACGGUAUCACAAAUCCAUGAUUUCGCCAAAUCACAGGUUGAUUACAUUCUUGGAAAUAAUCCAAUGAAAAUGUCUUACAUGGUGGGAUUUGGGAACAAGUGCCCAACACAGCCUCAUCAUAGAAGCUCAUCUUUACCGUCAAUCAAAUCUAAGCCGGACAAAAUUGACUGCAAGGGAGGAUAUUCAUACUACAAUAUUGAUCAACCAAACCCGAAUAUGCAUACCGGCGCAAUUGUUGGCGGACCGGACUCAUCAGAUAAGUUUAGCGAUAAAAGAACAGAUUACGCCCAUGCGGAGCCCACAACUUACAUCAACGCCGCCUUUAUUGGGCCCGUUGCAGCUCUGAUUUGCCGGAAGCCUAACUAG